AUGGGUGCCGGAGCUUCGUCCGCUGCGGAAGCUGCCAAGAAUGCGACCGUCGAGGAGCUCAAAUCAGCCAUCUCGGCUGCCAGCCCGGAGGAGCAGAAGAAGCUGGCCGAUGCCCUGAAGGCGCUUGAAGGCGGUGCCGCUGGCCCCUGCCCCGGUCCCGUGGACUGCUCCGCCGUGAAGGUGGUGGCCAAGGACUACAAGGGCUUGCUGGCGCAGCCUGCAGAGCCGAAGUUCAAGGGAGCCCUGUGCCAGAUCUACGUCCGAGAUGCACCUUACGGCGGGUCUGACAAGAGCAACAACGGCCAUCGCUACGACUCCAUCCCUUUCGCCAACGGCAUGAUCACAUCUGGGAUGAGCUGCCAGUUGAUCCACUACACUCACGAGGAGCACGACAAGUUCUUCGAGGUGUGCAAGCAGUUCAACUUCAUCAUCGUCCGUUGCAACCCUGGCCAGAUCAAGGCAGAUGGCGGUGAUCAGCAGAAGUUCGAUGAUGGCAUGCGUGGCUUGCGUGGCAUGGGCAUCCAGGUGUGGCCGUCCCCGGACGUAAUGGAGAAGAUGGGAGCUAAGGAUGCUUUGUGCAAGGUGGCAACCCUCAACAUCGGCCUGCCAGACACAUUGGCGUAUUACUCCCCGGAGGAAUUCGGUGCUGGCUUCAAGAAGACGAUGGCCUUCCAGCCUCGAGUCAUUAAGCAAAACCGUGGCUCCAGUGGCGAAGGCAUCUGGAUCAUCAAGCUCAAGGAGGGCAACUACUGCAAGGAGUAUGGCGAGCGCCUCUGCGAAGAUUCCGAAGUCCUGUCCCUCAUGGAGGCCAACGACAACCAUGAAGAAGAGCACACCGUGGCACAGUUCAUCGAGUUCUGCGUCAGCGGCCGCAGCGACAAAUCCGGAGAGUGGACGUCCAAGGGCGUGGGAAAGUACCUGGAGGGUGGCAAGGCCGCUGGUGGCCAGCUUGUCGACCAGCGCUUCUGCCCACGCAUUGUCGAGGGGGAGCUCCGUUACAACCUGAUCGUCGACGCUCUGGUUGGAAUCAUCCACAAGAAGCCGAAGGAAGGUGGCAUCUCCGCUGUUGGCGGAACCGGUUCGAUCUACACCUACUACGGACCCGAGGAGGCACAGUUCAAGAACCUGACCACCAACUUUCUGGAGAAGGAUCUGCCGCUGGUGAUGCCGGCCCUGGACCUCCCGGAUGAGCCGGUGCCCCUCUGGUGGACCACGGACUUCAUCUUGGCUUCCCCCGAGGGCACGCCCAAAGAGGAGGAGAAGUGGAUCGUCGGCGAGUUCAACUGCUCCUGCGUCGGCAUCAGUCGAUGCCUGGCGGCCUACUGCAAGGAUCGCUUCCGCUGGGUGUAG